CUUUUGGAAAAAUAACCAAAAACAAAAAAAAUCUGCAUCUGUCCUCUCUCUCUCUCUCUCUCUCUCUUUUCUAAAUUCACCAUUUUUAUUUUCAUUUCCGUAAAUUUUCUGGAGAAUAUUUAGGAAGUUUUAAAUCAUGCCUUCCAUAGAAGAUGAGCUCAUGUUCCCGUCAACGCCCGGUAAGUUCAAGAUCGACCGUUCAAACCGACAGCUAAACCGCUGUUUCGCCUCGACGAGCACCAUGUUCCUCUGGGCCCUCUUUCUCAUCGCCCUCACCGCUUCCUACCUGAGUUUCCAGAGCUUCGUCGACUCCGGCAGCCGCUACCUCACCGCCUCAUGGGGCGGCAUCCAGUGGGAGAAACAAGUCCGAACCUCCGCUCAGAUCCACCGCUCCGGCGGCAUCUCCGUCCUCGUCACCGGCGCGACGGGCUUCGUCGGCAGCCACGUGUCACUCGCGCUUAGAAAACGCGGAGACGGCGUCGUGGGGCUCGACAACUUCAACAACUACUACGACCCUUCGUUGAAACGCGCGAGGAUGUCUCUCCUCUCCUCCCGUGGGAUCUUCGUCGUGGAAGGAGACCUCAACGACGGUAAGCUCCUGUCCAAGCUCUUCGACGUGGUGGCCUUCACUCACGUGAUGCACCUCGCGGCUCAGGCCGGGGUUCGAUACGCGCUGGAGAAUCCUCAGUCGUAUGUUCACAGCAACAUCGCCGGGCUAGUCAACCUCCUCGAGACUUGCAAGGCGGCGAAUCCUCAGCCGGCGGUGGUAUGGGCUUCGUCGAGUUCCGUUUACGGUCUCAACGAGAAGGUCCCUUUCUCGGAAUCGGACAGGACAGAUCAGCCGGCGAGUCUCUACGCGGCGACGAAGAAAGCCGGUGAGGAAAUCACCCACACUUAUAACCAUAUUUACGGUCUUGCCAUUACCGGUUUACGGUUCUUCACGGUUUACGGUCCGUGGGGUAGACCGGACAUGGCUUACUUCUCCUUCACGCGGAAUAUUCUCCAAGGUAAACCGAUCACGAUAUACCGGGGAAAAAACCGGGUCGAUUUGGCCCGGGAUUUUACUUUCAUCGACGACAUAGUCAAAGGAUGUUUAGGAUCUCUCGACUCCUCGGGUAAAAGUACCGGGUCGGGUGGGAAAAAACGUGGAUCCGCACCGUACCGGAUCUUCAAUUUAGGGAACACGUCACCGGUUACGGUUCCCAUCUUGGUGGAUAUAUUGGAGAAGCAUCUCAAGGUGAAGGCGAAGAGGAACUUCGUGGAGAUGCCUGGAAACGGCGACGUUCCGUUCACGCACGCUAAUAUUAGCUCCGCCCGGAGAGAGUUCGGGUAUAAACCGACAACCGAUUUGGAAACCGGGUUGAAAAAGUUCGUUAGAUGGUAUCUUUCUUAUUACGGGUACAAUACCAAAGCCAAGCUUGUACAAUAACGGUGAAAAUUUGUUUUAAACGAAUUUAUUUAUUUUUACACUCGGUUGUUGUUUAUUCUGGGGAAGAGAUGUUUAUGACUAGGAUAAUAGAGGAAAAUCUAAAUAUUCUUUGCUCUUAAGGCAAGCAAAGCAAAAAAAGGACAGCGAAUAAAUCUAUUUUCUUAAUUA